GUGGUUGCCAUGGCAAUCGCAGAGCUAGCGGUGCACCUGCGGGCGCGUCUCCUGGGGACGCGCGGGCCGGGCCCGGGCGGGAGGCGGACGCGGCGCCGCCCAGGCCCGGCGCCCGCGAGGCCCGGAGCCCCCGAGGCCCGGCGCGGCUCCAGGAUCGGGCCCAGCGGCCCCCGGAGCCAGGCCCUGCCGGCGUUUCGGUGUAAACACAACCGGGUGGAAGGAACGCGCAUCUCGGGGUGGGAGGCCUCUCCCCGCUGCCUGCCGGCCCCCGCCCGCGCCGGCCCUUUUCUCCUCUUUGUCUUUUACAUUUCACAUCUCUGUGGCUUUGCUCGUGCAUUAAUGGAGGCCUGAGAAAUUCGCAGGGAUCCGUGGCUGGGUCUUGAAAAACCAGUCAUGAGUGUGUAGGCCGUGGAGGACCGAAAUACGCCAACUGUCAAGGUGACGGGUGUGGAUGUGCUUCUGUGAAGAGACGCCAUGUGUCGCCACCAGCCCCACAACACACGUGCCCCGCCUCCUGCCGCCUUAGGGUCUAGGGCUUGGUGACGGCGCUUCCCCGGGAAUCAGGUGUGGUCCCCGGAACAAGAGGCGCGUCCUGUCCAAUGCCAUCAUGACGGCGAGAGAGCAGAGCCCCCGCCAUGGCGCCCGGGCCCGGGCCAUGCAGCGGGCGUCCACCAUCGACGUGGCCGCCGACAUGCUCGGCCUGUCCCUGGCAGGAAAUAUACAAGACCCAGAUGAGCCCAUUUUAGAAUUCAGCCUAGCUUGCAGUGAGCUGCAUACUCCAUCGCUAGAUCGAAAACCAAAUAGUUUUGUAGCAGUCAGCGUGACCACCCCUCCCCAGGCCUUCUGGACGAAGCACGCGCAGACGGAGAUCAUCGAGGGAACCAACAAUCCUAUAUUUCUAAGCAGCAUUGCCUUCUUUCAAGAUUCUCUUAUCAAUCAGAUGACACAAAUCAAACUAUCUGUAUAUGACGUCAAAGAUAGAUCUCAGGGAACAAUGUAUCUGCUGGGCUCUGGAAUGUUCGUCGUCAAAGAUCUGCUCCAGGACCGGCAUCACAGGUUGCAUUUAACACUAAGGUCGGCCGAGAGUGACCGGGUAGGCACUGUCACCGUGAUCGGCUGGCAGAUGGAGGAGAAGUCAGACCAGCGGCCCCCCACGACCCGGGCUCUGGACACCGUCAACGGGAGGAUGGUUCUGCCUGUCGACGAAAGCCUGACCGAGUCACUGGGAAUCCGAUCCAAAUACGCCUCCUUACGCAAAGACACUUUGCUGAAGUCGGUGUUCGGCGGUGCCAUCUGCCGCAUGUACCGGUUCCCGACGACCGACGGCAACCACCUGCGGAUCCUGGAGCAGAUGGCGGAGAGCGUGCUGUCCGUGCACGUGCCCCGGCAGUUUGUGAAGCUCCUGCUGGAAGAAGACGCGGCCAGAGUGUGCGAGCUGGAGGAGCUGGGGGAGCUGUCCCCUUGCUGGGAGAGCCUGCGGCGCCAGAUCGUCACGCAGUACCAGACGGUCAUCCUCACGUACCAGGAGAACCUGAGCGACCUGCACCAGUACAGAGGUCCCUCAUUUAAAGCAAGCAGUUUGAAAGCAGAUAAAAAGUUAGAAUUUGUCCCCACAAACUUGCACAUACAAAGGAUGAGAGUUCAAGAUGACGACGGAUCAGAUCAGAACUAUGACAUCGUCACCAUCGGCGCCCCAGCGGCACACUGCCAAGGUUUUAAAUCAGGAGGUCUCCGCAAAAAGCUGCACAAGUUUGAAGAGACCAAGAAACAUACCCCGCCGAGCUGCCAGUCGGUCAUCUACAUCCCUCAGGACGUCGUCAGGGCGAAGGAGAUGAUCGCGCAGAUCAACACCCUGAAGACCCAGGUCAGCUACUACGCGGAGCGGCUCGCCAGGGCCGCCAAGGACAGGUCCUCCACCGGCCUCGAGAGGACCCUCGCCAUCCUGGCAGACAAGACCCGGCAGCUGGUCACGGUCUGCGACUGCAAGCUGCUGGCCUCCUCCAUCCAUGGGCUGAACGCUGCGCGGCCCGACUACAUCGCCUCCAAGGCCUCGCCCACCUUGGCCGAGGAGGAGCAGGUGAUGCUCCGGAACGACCAGGACACGCUCACGGCCAGGUGGGCGGGCAGGAACAGCCGCUCCUCCCUGCAGGUGGACUGGCACGAGGAGGAGUGGGAGAAGGUAUGGCUGAACGUCGACAAGAGCCUGGAGUGCAUCGUGCAGCGGGUGGACAAGCUGCUGCAGAAGGAGCGCCUGCCCGGCGAGGGCUGUGAUGACACCUUCCCCUGCGCGGGCAGCUGCACGGGCCAGAAAGGUAACCUGGAUGGCCACGCCUACUGGAUCCGGCCGGAAGAGCCCCCGGGCCCUGCCCCCCUCUUGCCACGCACCGCCGCCAGGCCCUGGGCUGCAUGCCGUCCUCACCCGGGCACACGUGGCAGCCCCCCUCCCGAGGAGCCCAGCCCAGGCGAGUGGAGUGAGGCCCUGUACCCGCUGCUGACCACCCUCACGGACUGCGUGGCCAUGAUGGGUGACAGGGCCAAGAAGGCCCUGGUGUUCCUGCUCAUGCAGCACGGCGCGCCCACCAUCGGCCCCCACCUGAGCCUGCAGUACCGCCGCGACGUGGUCUUCUGCCAGACGGGCCUGGUGAGGGAAGCCUGGGUGUUUGCGUCCGUGCAGCCUGUUUCCUCAUGUGAGCAGUGGCGGGUGCCUCGGUUCUGCCGCUCGGCUGAACCCGCCGUAGUGAUUUCUCUUCUCCCUUGGAGGAGGCAGCAGUUUGAGCUGACCGCCCUCAUCUGUGGCUUCAUCAUCAAGCUGCGGAACUGCCUGCACGAUGACGGCUUCCUGCGGCAGCUGCACACCAUCGGGCUGCUGGCCCAGUUCGAGAGCCUGCUCAGCACCUACGGCGAGGAGCUGGCCAUGCUGGAGGACAUGAGCCUGGGCAUCACGGACCUGCGGAAUGUGACCUUCAAGGUCACACAGGCCACGUCCACGGCCUCGACCGAUAUGCUGCCCGUCAUCACCGGGAACCGCGACGGGUUCAACGUGCGUGUCCCCCUGCCGGGCCCGCUGUUCGACUCGCUGCCCCGGGAGAUCCAGAGUGGCAUGCUGCUGCGCGUGCAGCCCGUCCUCUUCAACGUGGGCAUCAAUGAGCAGCAGACGCUGGCCGAGAGGUUUGGAGACACGUCUCUGCAAGAAGUUAUCAACGUGGAGAGCCUGGUGCGCUUGAAUUCCUACUUCGAGCAGUUUAAGGAAGUUCUUCCUGAGGACUGUCUCCCGCGGUCCCGGAGCCAGACGUGCCUGCCCGAGCUGCUGCGCUUCCUGGGCCAGAACGUGCACGCCCGGAAGAGCAAGAACGUGGACAUCCUCUGGCAGGCCGCGGAGAUCUGCCGCCGCCUUAAUGGGGUCCGGUUCACCAGCUGCAAGAGCGCCAAGGACCGCACAGCCAUGUCGGUGACACUGGAGCAGGGCCUGAUCCUGCAGCACGAGCACGGCAUGGCCCCGCAGGUGUUCACCCAGGCCCUGGAGUGCAUGCGCAGCAUUGGAACACGGGAGGCGGUCACCCAGAAGAACCUGAGUGGCCUGGUGCCCACCCGAGACUUAAGGCUAGACCCCAGCCUGCUCUGCUCCCUCCCUCUGCUCGCCCUGAGCCCCAGUUUACUGAUUGUGUGGCUCUUCCUGAGCGUAGCCUACUUGGUGGCCAGAUUGCGUUGCAAAUGAAUGCCCUGAUGAGAGUGGUAGUGAGUCACCAGGAAAACCCAAGUGCCAGAGUCCGUGCAGCCACUGGGCACCUCACUGGACAGAAGGAGUGUGGCAGAGCGUGGCCUGCCGAGAAGUGUGUCAUGCCUUACGGUUUGACUUCCAUUGUUCUGAACUGUAAACGCCUGCCAAAGCAUUGCACCACGAGGACUGGUUCGUUUAAAUCCUGUGCCAGUGAUUGUAGCCUGAUCUGUCAGUGCCCUGGUCCUUCCCGGUUUAGUGGCCUGGAGAGACUUCACUGGUGCCAUCUCUUACCUUCUGAUGUAAAAGUGUUUAUUACUGUACACUUCGCGUGCCCUGCUCCCAAGAAAGGAGUUCUGUCUGAAGAGAAUUUGUGUAUUUGAUAACAUUCUUUAAAUGUGUUGCUAACCUUUCCUUUCCUUUUGAAGAGAAAUGAAAAGAGAAAGGCGGAUGCUGUAUAAGGCUGCUUGCUAGGACCCGGCUCUCUGCUUUCAUUGCAAAGCGUAGUCUCCGAAUUACAGUAGCAAACAGUUUGCAGAAUCUUUCCAUGUCCUUGCUUAUGUUCAAUCUUUUCGUUCUGGACGGCACAGAGCUGUGAGUACAGGGCACAUUGCAACAAGUUGGACACAUAAAAAUGCCGUAUCGCAUGUGACCUUGGAUUUACCGUUUUAACUCAUAAGGAUCGUUAAACCAAAUCCAGAAAUUAAUGCAGAUAGUAAGAAGAGGUGGUUUGAAUUACAUGCAUUUAUUUUCCUUAAAAUAGCAUUUUUCAUUUAAAAAAAAUAGCAUCAUUGAUGCCAGAUUAAACUCUAGGCACCUUUUCUUUCUUACUAAUCAAAUAUGUUUAACAAUGAAAAAAAAUCAAAGAAAAAUUACCAAAAACAUGAGGCCUGACUUUGGGAAGGUUGUGCCAGAUGGAGCUGUGAGCAGUGAAGGGUGGCUUUGGUCUCGGCCCUUAACUUUAACUUGGCAGCGUCCAUAAAACGGGGCGGUGCAUGGCGUCCACAUUGGCAGAAAGGUCAUCGUGUGAAGGUCACAGGUAACUCAGAGGAAGAUGGUACAAACCCUGUGGAAGAAACAGGGGCUCCUCUGUUUCCAGCUCACGUUACGUGAUGCUGCUGCUUCCUGCCUCCUGCUGGGAUGUUAUAAAAGCGGGUUUCUCGCCAUCAGUGUAGAAAAAUCAGAAUGACUUGAGAGAAAUUGGCGUUGCCAGAAAUUUACACCCAUGCUUUCCCACAGAUCCUGUCCACCACAAACUCUUCUUCUCCGUUCUCUCUCCCGGAUCUUAGAACUUAUUCCGGGAUUUCUCUGAUUUGGCGUCAGGUCAGGGUUUUGGGAAGCGUAGAAGCAGUUAGCAGUGGACAACUGAGGCCGAUUCAGACCUUGAUCCCUAACCAUUAGCUGUGUGCAUCGCACACCUGGGACUCGCCCACAAGUGCAGCGUGCCCACUGAACUUUCCAGAACAAAUGGGGCUGUUCUCUGGCACCACGCCUGACUUCCGUCCGUGGGUAUCUCUCCCCAAAUGCCAGCCAGUUGGUGGCUUGAAGUUGCAGUGACAUGAUGCCAGGCACAGCUUCCCCAAGUGCCCGUCCUCAUGGCCAGGGGCCCCCGUCACCCUCCCAGGCCAUUCUGUUGCUUCACUUACGAGAGGGGAAGUAACAUCCUGCAACUUGCUCGCUCCAGUCCCACACCCUACCUGGACGUGCUCGUGCCCACCUCUUACCUGGGUAGGGAGGAGCGAGCGGCCGGGCAGAGGACGCAGGUGAGGGGGGCCUCCCUGUCGCGAGCCCGCCCCUGCGGCUGCCUCUGGGCCCCUCCCUGGAGUCUCCUCCCCGGACCCAGGCCCCGCGGGGCAGCCCUCCUGGUUCCGAGUGCAGAUGCAGCCCCACCUGCCUGUCCCGGGGUGGGUUUGGCUGUUGGGUUGAGGGAGAAAUGGGACGGACGGGAGAGAGGAGAAGGUUCUUGGUGUGUCUGUCUGAAGAUGCAGUCGUGGAGGAGCAGACCUAGAAGGGACCCCCGAGGCCGGCCAGGCAGGGCUCAUCUAAACAGAAGCCAGGAAGAAGCUGCGUCUCGUUUUGUGUUUUCUUUAGAAUAUCUGUGCAAGGAGACACAGUAUGUGCUCCCUUUGUGCUGAAUUUUAGUGUAAGGAAGGCCUUUUCCUCAAGAAGUCGUGCCAGAUCUACAUCCAUGCGUUCUGCUGUCCUGAGAAAUGGGCCGGAGAACACAAAGAUGGGGAGACGAUGCGAGAGCGGGCGUCUCCCCCCGCCGGUGAGGGUUCCAGGGCGUCUCUGAGCAGGGUUGCACCGAGGCAUUGCAGUGUCAGCUGGCUCUGUUCAGUGCGAAACUGUCUUUCUGAGUUUAGGAAAGCCAUACUUAAACAGUUCUCUGUGGAUGGUGUUAGAAGAAAAUUGUGUAAUUCUUAGCUCAUGUGACAGCCACUAUCGACUCACGGCCAGGUUUGGGCAGAGCUGUGACUUCAGUAGCGCACUGAGCCUCCGCAGAGCGCAGCAGGGGCAGCGCCGGCUCCCUGGCCCCCGCCCACCGGCCACCCCUGCGUCCCGAGGAGGCUGGAGGCGCCACAAGAAAGGGUGUGUCCACGGCUUCCCCAAUGUCGGUUGUUAUUUAGGAUUUUCAUUCCAGUUUUUCAUUUCAAAGAUGGAUGUCCUUGAAGGGAAAUAUUGGGUUACUAAAAAAAGAAACCAACCAUCUGGCUUCAAAAUAAUUCAAUCCUUCCUGCUAAAGUCUAUCCAAGCUCUUCUCAACAUGUAUUAUUGACUCCUGAAAAAUGACACAGCCCCUGUGAUGGAUGGAAGGGCUUUGCCUGCAGACAGCGGGCUGGCAGCCAGCAGGAAACGUGAGCUGCCACAGGCCUCCCUUCUCCUCUUCACACGAGGGCUGAGCGCCGGUGCCAAGUGCUGGGCACUGAGCGCUGGGUGCCGGGUGCUGGGUGCUGAGCACUGAGUCCCAGCCUGACCAAAGAGACCUGUGAUCAUAGUGUCAGCACACAAUCAGCUCCAUCAGGCAGAUUUUGCAAAUUCAAACACAAAUUAAGCAUUUGGGGGAAAGUGAAUACAAUUUGAUUUAAAAAUGAAAUUGAAAUGAUAUAAAUAAAUCUUGACUGUAAUUUAAUGUAUAAAAUUAAAAAUACCCAGUGAACCCAGUAAUUAGUUUCUUUAACGUGUAAAUAAAAGAUAGUGUAGAAGUUCACAGAUUAUGCUUCCCUGCUCCUCAAGGCACUUUGGCAUUUACUAGUGAGAGGCGGCUUUUGAGAAGUUUGUGCAUUUCUAUAUAAAUGCAGAAGCCAAAUUUAAAAUAGUCUGUGAAUGUAGAAGCUUACCAAGAUUCCUGUGAGGUUAACUAUGUAUAGGAAAAUAUAGUUUCUGCUUUCAGUAGAGUUAUAUUUUUAUCUGGAUUUUGAAUGUUAGACAGACGUGGCCGUUAUUUCCCGUAGGGCAUUUGGCUCGGCGAUGUCCUCCUCACCCGUGGCUUGCGUUUGGGGACUGACAGGAAAGUGUGGCUGAGUUACUAAAUUAGUCAGUAACAGGCAGGUGGAUGCUUUUCUAAAAUGACCCAGGCUUAUCUUUUGAAUGAAAAAUUACUAUGCCUUACCGAAGUAUCUUGCACGUUCUUGAUAUGCAGACAGUCUUUCUCACUUACAAAGGGUUCAGCAAUGCCACUGAUAUAUAUUUUUUUAAUGCACAACAUAAUGGUCUUCAUACAAUUUGGAAUAUUACUUUUUAAUCUCUAUUUCUUGGUAACUGCAAAUUUUGCAUUACGUAAGAGGAAUUUUGUACUAAAUUUGAUAACUGAUUGAUUUAAUUGCUAGCUUGAGAGUUUAAAGACAUAAAGUUGUAUGUAGUAUGCUGUGGGAAGUCCUUCGUAUUUAAAAUAGCAUCUGCCUGUUAACUUCCUGCCUGCACCAGGAAACUUCCCCGAGAAAGCACCAAGCUCACCCGGGGAUGGGAGGCCUCCCUGACUGUCCUCACGGGCGCUUGUUUUGCCCACUGGGUUGCCAUGGUGACCCUCCACCAACGCAGCUGGGGGCACUUGUCUGGGGACGGCCCGGGGCUGCGCCGGCUGUGCAAGGCCAGCCCCCGGGGAGGAUGGCUGGCUGCCCCAGGGUCGCCCCAGUGGGCCCACCCCACACAGUGCUCCCGGCCCUGAGGGCCAUGCUCCCAGAACGCCGGCUCCUCGGGGAGCACAGUAGCACAGCCCCGGCCUGGUGGGUUCGCGUCGUGUGGGGUUCUGCAAGAGAAGCCACAUUGCGAAUUUGAUGUGGUUAGUAACUGCUGCAAAGGGAGAAGACUCGAGCCCUGUCAAGGCUUGGGUGGGGUUGGCGGUAUUUCUCUCUCCAUUUAGUCUUCUAUGUAACAGAACCUUGAGCUCAAAUAAUAGGCAUCAAUCCCUGAAAUGCACGAGACCAUUAACUCUUGAAAAAGCUUUGCUUCCACUUCAUACAGCUUGUGUCCGUCUCUGUGCUUCUUAACUGCCUCGUUCAGGACCUGCAUCCCACGUGUGUGUUGUUGGAAAUGAGUCCAGCACCCGUUCAAAUUAAUCUUUUUUUAUUGCUAUGAAAAUAAUCAGUUCAUUUCAUCUUAGUUUGAGUCCUUUCUUUUUUCCUUUUUUACUGCUGUCAUUUCUUGUGCUUGUUUUUUU